UUUACAUCCAGUUACGAAAAAGCGCCCGACCGAUGGAUCCGACGGGGGAGUGGGAAGAGUGCGCCGACGAGUUCGGUCGGACGUUCUUUAUGCACAAAACGACUGGGGAAUCGACGUGGGAGCUCCCGACCACCACGACAGACCAAGUCGCCGUCGACCGCCCCCUCGGCGAGGAGGACUUGCUUCCCCUUGUCGUCGACCGCACCAUGCUUCAACGCGACCCUGUCGAGAACGCAGUCUCUAUCGAGGCGCACGACACACCAUCGCUAGACGAAUCGACCAAGCCGCUCAAGCGGUGCCACAGCUUUGUGCUGGACUCGACAACUGUCUCGCGCGUGAUGCAGAUUCGGUCGCAGCUCUUGUUGAACGCCAAUGACUUGAGCGACCAAACGAACAGGAUCGCCGACGGCAUGACGGACGAAGAAUGGGUCCAAUCAUUCGAUCCAGUCCGUAAAUACGACUACUUUUAUGAAGUCCACCACGGGUACAUCACGACGCGCACCCCCGCGGAUUUCCGAGAUGUCGACCCCCUCUUCACGGUGCUGCUCGUCAUGCAAUGUGCAUUUCGAUGUGCCCUCGCUCGCCGCCGCGUGUCGAAGCAGCGCCAAACAAAAGCGGAGGCAGCGCUAUUUAGUCAAGAUAGGUCCCCCGUGAUGAAUCAAACCGUGGUUGAGGAGCAGCCCUCCACAAGGGAAGAGGCAGUACCAGAGAGCUUGGAGCGACCGCCACUGACGCAUGCGCUCCGCACGCCCCCUCGAGUGAACAAGCCAGCGCUGACCAAGGAGGCAGAAGCCCAGCGUGAAGCCGACGACCGGCGCUGCAUGAUGCACGCGGAAAGACAGCAAUGUGGUUUGGGCGAUCGUUUUUGGGGCAUUGACCAGACGACGCGUGAAAUUCGGCGGCAGCUCGUCGAGGAACAACGGAUGCGACAAGCUGAAGACAUCCGUCGCAAUUUACACGAAUCGGCUCGAAAACGCGAAGAAACCCAACGGCGUGCGAUGGAUGAGGCGGAACGGCGACGGCGGAGCGAAGACUUUGCAUUCGAAACCCGCGAGCGGGCGGCCAUGCAGUUGCAAGAGCUGCUUCAAUGCAAAUCAGAUACGUUUUGGGGCGUCCAGAAGCAAGAGAACGACGAGAAAUGGUGUCAGCAGCACAUGAUCGAAGAAGACCGAGCGUCGCGGCAGUACAUGCAGGACGUGUGUGCGGCUCAGUUGCACGCAAAAUGGGCGGCAGAGGCGGCUCGAGCUGGGAAAGACGCCACCGCGCACCGCAUCCAGCAAGAAUGCCGCGAUCGAAAGCAGUACCUUCGUCUCUUCAAGCGGGCAACAUCGUCCGACGACAUUCUCCAAUAUACAUGGCCAACCCAAACGACAUUUGACCAAAUCGUGCGGGCCGACACGGCGCCUCCAUCCGCGCGACUCCCUCCCAAGGCACGGCAUUCGCACGCCACGCCGCCUACGUGCCAGUACAUUCUGGACGUCGUGGUCGACCCUCGUCACCGUGCUCACCCAAAGUACAUCUUCCACACCGCAAGCAGCGCGCACACGGUCGGUCGCAAUGGAAAACUCGACAUUUCGCAGCCCGAGUCGUGCUACCACUUGGAGAAACCUCGUGUGGAGCAUGUGUCGCUGGCGCCUCGCCCAGCGAUGGUGUCGCCGUCCACGACGACGCCCCAUGUUCGCAACCCCAACGUUCCCGCCAGCGCCAACGGCCUGCCUUUCAUCGUACGCAACGCCAAGCGAGAUGCUGUCAACCAUACAACCCUCGCGAGUGGAAAACGCAACGCCAAGAAAGGCAACUUGAAGCCAUUGCACAAGGAGCCGAGUACGCCGUCAAAGGAAACCAUCGGCAACAACGAAGACGGUGCGAGUGAGAUUGUGAAUACCGCGGCAGGCCCUCCGGUCGACCCGCGCUUCGUCGAUGAAGAACGCAUUCUCGCUGAGGUGUUUCGCCUGGUCGACUCGGACCGCGGCGGAACGCUGGAUAAGAAUGAAAUGGUGUGGGCGCUGACCAAAGACGCGUACGUUCGCAACGUCGCGAUGACGUCGGUCGUGCUCAAGGACGUCCUCAAGAAGCGCAGUGUCGACGGUGUGUUUGCCGAGAUCGAUCACGACAACUCCAACAGCAUCUCGUGGGAUCGCUUUGCAACGUACUGCCAUGACAAGUUUGACGGGAUCAUGGCCGACCGCGACAGAAAGAUCCUGGAGAAUGGCGGAGUCGUGGAAAAAAUCCAGACCAAGGACGACAUCAUUCGGCGCAAGAACGAAGCGUACGCGGCGCGGAAGGCGAUCCUAGAGCAAGAAGCGGCUAUCGCCAAGAUUGUGUUUGCUCUCGUUGACACUGACCGAAGCGGCAAGAUCGAACAGCAUGAAAUGAUGAACGCGCUUGACCACAACGAACGGGUGAGGGAGUUUGUACUUCGGUCCAGAGGACUCCGACCGCUGCUCGAGAACGAGGCUUUUGGGAAAGCAUUCGUCGGCAUGGCCACGGACGAUGCGGACGGAAUGAGCCUGGACGAGUUCCUUGCAUUCUGCACGGAAAUUGCGUCCGUUGCUAUGCUCAACGACCUGGCCGCCCCGUAACCUUCUCUCUGGAAUCGUUCGUCUUCGCUCUUUAUCCUUCCGCGGCCUCCACUACCGCCGGCCGUGGGUGGAUUUCUCGGCCUUGUCCCAUGGACAUGGCAAGUCACUUGAUUCUAAAUCCACUGGGUCGGGGCGCGAUUUUUAUGUGGGGUGUCGAACUGCAUAAGUUUGUGAUUUGAUCGUAAAAUUCGAUACACAUAUUCUAGUUUGGAAG